AUGCGCUCCGCAGCGGCCCUGGCGCUUCUGCUGUGCGCCGGGCAAGUUAUGGCCCUCCCUGUGAACGGCCCUAUGACUAAAUUUGACGACGAGUUGAUGAAGUGCUUCGUUGAGGUGAUCUCUGACACGCUGGCCAAUCCCGGCCCCAGGCCCGUGAGCACAAAGUGUUCUAAGACACUCCGAGCAGAUGAGCGGAUCCUCUCGAUGCUUCGGCACCAGAAUUUGCUGAACGAGCUCCAAGACCUCGCUCCCCAAGGUGCCGUGGAGAGGGCACGUCCGGAGAGGAAGCCCAGCACCUUGGAGGAGGAGCUCUCCAAGUUUCUGGAGCGGCAGAAGGACCAGCAGAACGACCAGGCCGAGCUGAGAGAAGGGACAGAAGAGACGCCCUCCCAGGAUGCCGAGAAAAGGGCGGAUUCUCACGAGGCGGAGAAGAGCGGUGAAGACACGGACACAGCCGGGCCCCAGGCCUCCCCGGAACUCGGGCAGGGGCCCAAGGACGAGGACAACCAGGUCCCGGAGGAGGAGGGGGAUGCCAACACCCACCCCCCAGCCAGCCUCCCCAGCCAGAAACAGCCAGGGCCCCCGCCCAAGGGCGGCAGCGAGGGCCCCUCCCAGGGUGUGGGCGACAGAGAGGAGGGCCAGGAUGCGGAGCAAGGACAGCAGGCCAGGAGAGAAGAGGAGGACGACGAGGAGGAGGAAGAGGAGGCUGGAGAGAAGGUUCUCUCUGAGGAAGAAAGCCCCACCGAGGCAGCUGACCCCCACCCAAGCCUUGGCUACAAGGAGGUCCGGAGGGCCAAGAGUUGGUCCAAGGACGGAGCCGGAGAGCCUGGGGCUGAGGAAGCUCAGGCCCCCGAGGGGCAGGGGGACCCGGAGUCCCGGCCGGAGGAGGAGAUGGCAGGGGCCCCGCAGGGCCUCCUCCGGGGCGGGAAGAGCAGGGAGCCGGAGCCGGAGGAUGAGCGGCUCUCCGAGGAGUGGGAGGACGCCAAGCGGUGGAGCAAGAUGGACCAGCUGGCCAAGGAGCUGACGGCGGACAAGCGGCCGGAGGGGGAGGACGAGAACGACCCCGACCGCUCCAUGAGGCUCUCCUUCCGGCCCCGGGGCUCCGGCUUCGGGGGCCCCGGGCCGCAGCUGCGCCGUGGCUGGAGGCCGUCCUCCCAGGAGGACCCCGAGGGGGGCCUGGCCCCCCAGGGGCGCAGCUACCCCGAGGAGAAGAAGGAGGAGGAGGGCAGCGCCAACCGCAGGCCGGAGGACCAGGAGCUGGAGAGUCUGUCGGCCAUCGAGGCGGAGCUGGAGAAGGUGUCACGGCAGCUGCAGGCGCUGCGGCGGGGCUGA